CAUCACUUACCUAUUUCCCCACAGAACCCUAAACCCUAAAAGUCGCCUCUAUAAGAUCAUCAAAGCAUCAUAACCCUACUCUCCCAAUCUCACGCUCAGCCUUCACAUUUCAGAAUAAGCAGAAUGAGACCCCCAAGAGGCCGCGGUGGUGGUGGUGGGUUUAGGGGAGGCCGAGGUGAUGGAGGUGGUGGGUUUAGGGGAGGCCGAGGUGAUGGAGGAAGAGGUGGCGGUAGAGGAGGUGGUGGUGGUGGAAGAGGUGGUAGCGCCAUGAGAGGACGCGGCGGAGGCCGUGGUGGUGGCAGAGGAGGACGCGGCGGAGGACGUGGGGGUGGAAUGAAAGGUGGAAGCAAGGUUGUGGUUGAACCUCAUCGACACGAGGGAGUGUUUAUUGCUAAGGGAAAAGAAGACGCCCUUGUCACUAAGAACAUGGUUCCUGGUGAAGCCGUCUACAACGAGAAGAGAAUCGCUGUUCAGAAUGAAGAUGGAACUAAAGUUGAAUACAGAAUUUGGAAUCCCUUCCGUUCAAAGCUUGCCGCUGCUGUUCUUGGUGGUGUUGAUAAUAUAUGGAUUAAACCAGGUGCUCGAAUUCUGUACCUUGGUGCUGCUUCUGGUACAACCGUCUCUCAUGUGUCUGACAUUGUUGGUCCUGAGGGUGUGGUUUAUGCGGUUGAGUUUUCUCAUAGAAGUGGUAGAGACUUAGUCAACAUGGCAAAAAAGCGAACAAAUGUUAUUCCUAUUAUUGAGGAUGCUAGACAUCCAGCUAAGUACCGGAUGUUGGUUGGCAUGGUGGAUGUGAUAUUUUCUGAUGUAGCUCAGCCUGAUCAGGCAAGAAUUUUAGCUCUAAAUGCAUCUUUUUUCCUCAAAGCUGGAGGUCAUUUUGUUAUUUCAAUCAAGGCCAAUUGCAUUGAUUCAACUGUCCCUGCUGAGGCUGUGUUCCAGAGUGAAGUGAAGAAGCUGCAACAGGAGCAGUUCAAACCUUUUGAGCAGGUCACAUUGGAGCCUUUUGAGCGAGACCAUGCUUGUGUGGUUGGUGGUUACAGAAUUGCAAAGAAACAGAAGGCUUAAAACCUGUUAAUUGUAAUGAAAACAUGGCUAGGUAGCCUAUGUUGGACUUCCAAAAUUUCUUUUCAUCUUUAAGUAGGUUAGAUAUCAUGUACCAUUUGCUUUCUUGGUUUUUUUCUCUUUUUUCUUUCUCUGUUUGGGUCGACCACCUGGAACUGGAAGCUCUUUAUAUGAAUGUUUGGAUAAUCCGAA